AUGUGUUACGCCGGCUAUGCAAAACUCGCUCUUGGUGAACCGGAUGCGGCGGAUCCCCUUUGCGCAUCUCAUCUCAAUCACUCUAAUGACUACUCAGAGGCCGAGGGUGAGUGGACAGACGACCUGUACCAUAAAGCAAUUGCACUCGCGGACAUGGCAUUGAUUUACUCGUCUAUCUGCGUCACGCAGCGGGAUAUCGACAAUACGUUGGAUUGGUUCCAAGCGGCGAUGGAAACCUACCGGAUUGGGUAUAAAGGUCGUACAUGGAAGACUAUCGCACGCAGGGGCAUCGGGGUGCGGAGCAAUGCUCUCUUGGCUGAACACAUGGGUGGCAUGUUCAAUGCUGUCCAAGUCAUGAGGGAGUUGAGGAAGACGGAGGGAGGGUGGGCACACAAGCACUUGAGGGAAUUCCGCAGCGAGGUGGAGCGGUUCUACAAUGUCAAGGGGUUGGAUCUUGUGGGGCCCGUUAGAUGAGAGGACUUCUGACUCGGCGGUUUGCAUUCUUUGGCGCUAGACAGGUUGGGCUUGUUGUCGUUUUUGGGCGGUUUUGGAAGGUGGCAG